AGAGAAAGAGAGAGAGAGAGAGUGUGAGAGAGAUAGAGAGAGGGGAAGGAGCCUGCCUCCUCUCGCCAUUGCGAUAAUUGUCUCGCCGCUGCUGAAUCGAUGUCGGAGUAAAUGCUGCUCUAACGGGAGGCGAUCGCAGGAGAAGCGGGGGAUUUAACUUCACGCACACGGACGCGCGGACAAACCUAUGCGUGGAUUUCGGCUCUUCUCUUCCCCUUCGCCAAUGCAAAAGGAAAUAUGCAGCGAAGCCUCAGCAUCCUCUACACCAGUUUACUGGGGGUGUGCUUGGGUUCAAGCUCAAGUUUCCCAAGUAACAUCAAUAUAGGAGGAUUGUUCCCAACCGAAUCGCACGAAUAUGAGGUUUUUCGCUUCGCCCUCUCGCACCACCAGGACAUCCCCAAACUGGUGCCGCAGGUGGAUAUGGUCAAGAUGGGGAACAGCUUCUCCAUGACAUAUGCAUUUUGCUCCCAGUUCUCUAAAGGUGUGUACGCCAUCAUCGGCCUAUACGACAGAAAGACCGUCAACAUGCUCAUGUCCUUCUGUGGAGCGCUGCACGUGUGCUUUGUCACGCCUUCCUUCCCGAUCGAGACGGCCAACCAGUUUGUCAUCCAGCUGAGGCCUGAGCUGCAGGACGCUCUGGUGGGUGUCAUCGACCACUAUGGAUGGACCAAGUUUGUCUACAUGUACAGCUCAGAUUCAGGACUGUCAGUGCUGCAAAAGGUCCUGGACACGGCAGCAGAGAGGAACUGGCUGGUGACCUCGGUUAAUGUGGAGACGAUGACGGAGGCUUCUUUUCUGAAAGUGUUCCAGGAUUUGGACAAGAGGAAGGAGGGCCAGAUUAUCAUCGACUGUGAGACUGAGCGACUCACCGGCAUCCUCAAAAAGAUUGUUGAACAAGGCAAGAAUGCCAAGAGCUAUCACUACAUCCUGGCUAACCUGGGUUUCCUGGACAUUGACCUGACAGACCUGAGGAAAGGUGGCGCCAACAUCACCGGCUUCCAGCUCGUCAACAACUCGGAGCCGAGCGUCAGCCGUGUCGUCCAGCAGUGGUUGGAGUUUGACAAUAAAGACUCCAAAUUGCCCAAGAGUGGACUCAAAUACACCGGCGCUCUAACGUACGACGGGGUGAAAGUCAUGUCCACGGCCUUUCAAAACCUAAGGAGACAGAGGAUAGACAUAUCUCGCAGGGGCAACGCUGGAGAGUGUCUUGCCAACCCGCCAGCUCCCUGGGGACAAGGCAUAGACAUCCAGAGAGCCCUGCAGCAGGUUCGCAUAGAUGGAUUGACUGGACACAUUCAGUUCAACGAGAAAGGUCGCAGAACUAACUACACCGUGAGUGUCAUGGAGCUGGCCCCAUCUGGACCCAAGAAGGUUGGCUACUGGAAUGAAGACGAGAAGUAUGUGACUACCGCCAGCUUCAUGAGAGGCAGCAACGAAACAUACGGACUCCAGAACAGAACUUACAUUGUCACCACUAUCUUGGAAUCUCCGUAUGUGAUGCUGAAGAAGAACCACGAGCAGUUUGUGGGAAAUGACAAAUACGAGGGCUACAUAGUGGAGCUGGCUGCAGAGAUAGCCAAACAUGUGGGAUACCAGUACAAACUGAAGAUAGUUUCAGACGGCAAGUACGGAGCCAGAGAUACUGAGUCCAAGAUGUGGAACGGCAUGGUGGGCGAACUUGUGUAUGGGAAAGCGGAUGUGGCUGUGGCUCCUUUGACCAUCACGCUGGUCCGAGAAGAGGUCAUCGACUUUUCCAAGCCCUUCAUGUCCCUGGGUAUCUCCAUCAUGAUUAAGAAACCCACCAAAUCCAAACCGGGUGUGUUUUCAUUCCUCGACCCCCUGGCUUAUGAGAUCUGGAUGUGCAUUGUGUUUGCCUACAUUGGCGUGAGCGUCGUCCUCUUCCUCGUCAGCCGGUUCAGCCCGUACGAGUGGCACGCUGAGGACUACGAGGAGGGAGGUGAGCCGCAGACUCCCACCCAAGCUUCAGCUUCUAAUGGAGUGCAGCAGGGCCAGACCCCAACACAGCAGAACAUAAACCAGCAGAGCCAAGAGCAAACCAACGAGUUUGGCAUCUUCAACUCCCUCUGGUUUUCACUGGGCGCCUUCAUGCAGCAGGGAUGUGACAUCUCCCCACGUUCUCUGUCAGGCCGCAUUGUGGGAGGCGUGUGGUGGUUCUUCACCCUUAUCAUCAUCUCAUCCUAUACUGCCAACUUGGCUGCCUUCCUGACAGUGGAGAGGAUGGUGUCUCCUAUAGAAAGUGCUGAGGAUUUGGCCAAGCAGACAGAAAUCGCCUAUGGAACACUGGAUGCCGGCUCCACCAAAGAAUUCUUCAGGAGGUCAAAGAUCGCCGUGUUUGAGAAGAUGUGGUCCUACAUGAAGGCGGCCGACCCAUCCGUGUUUGUCAAGACCACGGACGAGGGCGUAAUGCGAGUCAGGAAGUCCAAGGGCAAGUAUGCGUACCUGCUGGAGUCCACCAUGAACGAGUAUAUAGAGCAGAGAAAACCCUGUGACACAAUGAAGGUGGGAGGAAACCUGGACUCUAAGGGUUACGGCAUCGCCACGCCGAAGGGCUCCCCUCUCAGAAACCCAGUAAACCUGGCAGUGUUAAAACUGAACGAGCAGGGCCUCUUGGACAAAUUGAAAAACAAGUGGUGGUACGACAAGGGAGAAUGCGGCAGCGGGGGCGGGGACUCCAAGGACAAGACGAGCGCUCUGAGCCUCAGUAAUGUGGCAGGAGUCUUCUACAUCCUGAUCGGCGGCCUGGGCCUGGCCAUGCUGGUGGCGCUGGUGGAGUUCUGCUACAAGUCCAGGACCGAGUCGCGCCGAAUGAAGCAAUCCAUCAACGACGCCAUGCGCUGCUCCACCCUGACCAGGAUGAGCGGCAACGGAGCGGCGGAGAGAACGGACGAAUCCUCACCCAUGAUCCCCAAAACCGUUCAGACGCUGCCCUGUAUGAGCCACACCGCCAGCAUGGGACUGGGUGCCUCCGGCUGUGAUCAUCACAUGACUGUGCUGGCGGUGAGGAAUAGGCAGGGUGGGGCAAAAGAAGAGCACAAGACUCUCAGGACCUCAACAAUCAUGGUUGUCCAGUUUGACCCAUCUAUUCUCUCGGCUGUCAGCUCUUUCAAGACUUGUCUUACUGCCAAAAUGCACACGCAACAGUGUUUUUUUUGUUUUUGUUUUUUUAAACAAGUGGACAUUUGAAGAAGAGACGCUGAAAACAAAAGAAGAGAAAUGUGCUGCAAUAAAGAAGCCGUCAAGGGGGGAAGGGGAGGGGGGCGUUUUUGAAUUUUUUACAGUGUUCAAUUAUAUGUGUGGGGGAAAAAAAGAACUUUAUUCAAUGUAACGCCUGCGCUGUGUCAUUUUGAUGGAGCUGUUGACGUUCGACUGCGUGUGCAAUAUCUUCACCUCCACUGCUGACCUUGUACUACCUAUAGAUGCUUUGUGAUGGCUGAUGGACAGAUGUGGCAGAGGAGGAAAUAAGGAAAUAAACAUUUGUGACUGUGAGGAUGAUUUGAUACAGUUUUGGCACAUUCAAGCUCUCUUUCACUCUCACAUUCACGCGCCAAUUUGGAAGGACAAAGUGCUCUGUGUAGCAUAGCCAGUUUUUAUGGUAUAGUAUCUGGUUUACACUGUUUGUAAUCUGAUUUGAGUUUUCCUCGAUUGAAGGUCAAUGCUGUUUAUCAGUGGUUGGCCUGGCUACAAUGAACAUGCAACACCUCAUCCAGCACAUCAUGCCUUGUCUUCGUUUCGUACAGUAUGACAGAUGCAUUACAAACUUGUUGCUACUCUGGUCAUUUAUCUGGCCAUAGAUUAGAGUUUAUGCUCUCGGAGAUUCAGAUAUUCUCACUUUGAUUUGUGUGAGAAAGAUUAGAGAGAAGAGGAAAACAUUACUGACACAUUACUCUGUGGUUAUGUACAGUACUGAGUGACCUUACACUGUAUUCUGCUGUUGUGACAUUCAUACCAUAUCCACUGAUAUACUCUGGAGACAACGAUUGACAAAUCUAAAUGUAAUCUGGAGAAAACACUCCUCAACCUAUUGUUGGAGCCGUUGCUGCAUCGUUCACUCUUUCCUGUGAUUUACUUUCAGCUCUAUUCAGUUUUUAUGAAAUGCGCUGCACAGCUAUUCACUCCCAAUUUAUUGAGAGAGGCAUAUCCUCGUCAGAUUGUGUGUGUGUGACCCAUAAAAGGAAAGGUUCCGUCCUCUAACUCUUGCGAGCCAGCAUAGGAAGCAGGGUUCAGAGUCGCUCGUUAUCCGUGUUUAUAGGAAGCUGUGCAGCUUUAUCUUUCAGAGCAUGUGACGUUAACAGAAAUCACAGCGACAGGCCCCGGCCCACAGAGGGCAGUGAGGACAAGAUGCAUGCAGCUGGGUUUGACUUGAAGGUCUUAAAGAAAAAUCUCACCCGCUUCAUUCUGUAAACAAAACGACACGUGGUGAUGUCAUUUGCAUUUCCAGGCCCGACUCGCCCACAGCAGGAAACAAAAUAAAAGAUUAAUUCGUCAAAAGGCUUCAUUAAAGCAUGUGACAAUAUAAUGUUGACUCCUAUAUUCAAAAGAUUUUCAGUCAGAUUUCAGUAUCUUCAUCUUGCCUUAGCUCAUAUAUCCAUGAAACGAGGAAAUAAGGAACAAGAAUUAAAGCAGACAAACACCAUCUUUUCCCUAAAGCUCAACAGUCGCACAGGUGACAAAUGUCAAAGUGUGACAGAAACCAACAGUUAUUCAUAUCACAGCUAGAGGCUGUGUAAAGGUGACCUUUUGUGUCUUUAGUUCAGAAACUUCUGUUCCCUGACUUCAUAUUUUGAUUUCCCCACCCACAUAAAAGGUCCCACGGCCAAAUGCAAUAAGUACAUUGUGCAUUGUCGUCUCAUUGGUUAGAAAUGAGCUAAUCCCAGCGUUGGGAUUAAUCCAAUACUGGUCAAAAUAAUUAGAUUGGAAAAAUGAAGAUCUGAUAUAAUUCAUGAACCCUAAAUAUGCACUCUCCUGGCCACCAGGGGGAGGACUGAAGAAGACGCUAGUCUCAUGUCUUCACCAGUUGCAUGUGGUGUUAGUUUUGUAAAUGAUGUUCCCAUUUAUCGUGACAUAUGGCACAUAUGUCGUAAAUGUCGUAAAGCAGGUGCUUAGCUGCAGGUGACGCCUGUGAACUUCCGGUUGCAAAUCUCGUAUCUUCAAAAUUGGACGUCAGACAUCUUGACGCCACUUGAUAAAGAGAAGCAGCAGCAGCUGAAAUUGACUGUAUCGUGUCAUUACUGUUUAUUUCUUCCUUUAAGGGAAUGCAAUAUUUGUUACACAGCUGGAGCGUCAUGCAUUUUCAGUUAUCACUGGUAAAUGGAUCUGCAAGUCUUCAUCAGACUGGUUGUUUAAAAAUGCAUAAAAAGACUGUAUCUGAACAGUAUUGGAAUCAUUAGUUGAGGUUGCUGAUCGUAUCCGGCAUGAAAAAGUGCUAUCUAGCCAAGCCUAACUCUAAAAAUGUGAAAUCCUUCAGAUGUGGGCGAGCUGAAGUCAGUAACAUAUUGUCCUUUUUGUCACAGCAGCCAUUUUGUCACGUUUUAGCCGGUAAAUCACAGGUGUUACUGAUCACAUUAUGGUCGGUGAAACUGAGGAAGCUAAAUGGAACUCAGCCACCAUUAACGUAUUUAUACCUGUGCUUUUUUGGCUGUGACCGGUCGAAAUGGCUUUCGUGCAAAGGGCUUAUUAUAUUAAAUGAAAUGAAAUCAUCAUCAAUACAGUACGUCCUGAAAUGCACUGAAUGUCAUCAUCCUCACGCGUGUGUGGUUGUACAGUGUGUGUGUGUGUGAGUGUUCACAGUGUUCAGAGGUGUGAUUUUUCUUGAAGGUCACCGGAAGGUUGUUGCUAGAGAUUUCCACUGCUGUCUGAUGCCGGCGUUCAGCUUUAUAUUAUGUACUGCACACUCGCGCUGACCCCUCGCCUCACAGCAGAGGCUGCACGCCUGUACAAAGACAGUGCUCAUCCUCUGCCUCCACAACUGCUCAUCUAUUAUUUUCACUCUCCUCUAAGUCUCCUCUGAGUUUCUCCUUGAAAAAGAACCAAAUCUAAUGUGAGGCUCCUUUUGUUUCCUUACAAGACAAAUGGGCAGUCAGAGUUCACUGAACUCUCACAUAUCUCCACCUAUUAUGUAUAUAAAAGGCUUUAUCUCUUCCCCAGUGAAAAUGUUCUCCUAUGAAUCAUGCCUCAGUGUACCUGGAUUAGUUACCUAAUGUGUGAGUACUUUUCCUUUCCUCCUCCAUCUAUACGUCUUCUUUUGCUGGUGUUGUUUAAAUUAGGACACAGCACAGCGUCAUUCAGUGGAGGCUUUACCUUCAGAAAGAUGUUUUAUAUGCCAUAAAAAGAUUUGUUUAAAAAAAAAACAAGAUAAAUAAUUAAAAAAAAAAAAAACACUCAAUGUUUGUAUUGUACAGGAGAGUUAGGGUGCCAGGAAAGUUUGAGGUGUGUAAAAAAAAAAGACACACACACAUGAUGUUGAAUAAUAUGUAAAUGCUGAUGUUGUUCAAAGCCAGUUUUGAUUUGAUUUAAUUUAAUUUGUUGGUGUAUUUUUUAAAUGCUUGAAAUGAAAUUUAACACCAUUUGAAUAAUUCUUUGUCCUUUUUUUCACAGUAUUUUACUGGAAUCUAAUCAUAGUUCGUUCACCAGAAACAUCGUUAUGGUUGUUUUUUUGUUGUUUUUUUUCUUCUUUUUUUUAACUUUGACAAGGUUUUAAAAAUGAAAACUAUGGUCAAUGAGUGGGUUCACACAGUUUAAAGCAAAAAUAAAUAAAACAAUGAAUACAGCUACUAGAAAUUUAACUUUUGAGAAAUAAACUUUUUUUUUCUAACCAAAGUGUCCUGAAAGGAAGUCAUCACGCUUUUGUAACUGAAUAAAAGAGGGGGAAAAAACA